GGCAAGGUCAGAGCUGGAGAGAGGCCGACGGAGCAGUCAUGGAGGGUCAACGCUGGCUGCCACUGGAGGCCAACCCUGAGGUCACCAACCAGUUUCUCAAGCAAUUAGGCCUGCAUCCUAACUGGCAGUUUGUUGAUGUGUACGGGAUGGAGUCUGAACUUCUUAGCAUCAUACCAAGACCAGUGUGCGCAGUGUUACUCCUCUUCCCUAUCACAGAAAAGUAUGAAGUCUUCAGAACAGAAGAGGAAGAAAAGAUAAAAUCUCAAGGACAAGAUGUGACAUCAUCAGUAUAUUUUAUGAAACAAACCAUCAGCAAUGCCUGUGGAACGAUUGGAACGAUUGGACUAAUCCAUGCCAUUGCAAACAACAAAGACAAGGUGCACUUUGAAUCAGGGUCAACAUUGAAAAAGUUCCUGGAGGAGUCUGUAUCAAUGAGCCCUGAAGAGAGAGCCAAAUACCUGGAGAACUAUGACGCUAUUCGAGUUACUCAUGAAACCAGUGCACAUGAAGGUCAGACUGAGGCACCAAGUAUAGAUGAAAAAGUAGAUCUUCAUUUUAUUGCGUUAGUACAUGUAGAUGGGCAUCUCUAUGAAUUAGAUGGAUGGAAACCAUUUCCAAUUAACCAUGGGAAAACUAGCGAUGAGACGUUGUUAGAGGAUGUCAUAAAAGUUUGCAAGAAGUUCAUGGAACGUGACCCUGAUGAGUUAAGAUUUAAUGCAAUUGCUCUCUCGGCAGCAUAGCAUCUUGACAGAAACACCAAAUACUGUAUUAUUUGCAACAAAAGUUAAAUUUCUGAUGCCAUAACUAACUCAAAAUUUUUAAUAUUUUCAUUAACUUGACUAAUUAAACUUUAUGUGGAAACAAACAAACAAACAAACAAGGCAAAAGAAACUGUUGUAGAAGGAAUGUUCUAGUACAAGAAUAGCCCAGCAGUGGUGGUGUAUACCUUUAAUCCCAGUACUCAGGAGACAGAGGCAGGUGGCUCUCCAAGUUCUAGACUAGCCUGGUCUACAAAGCAAGUUCCAGGACAGCCAGCGCUGCAUAGAGAAAUCCUAUCUCGAAAAACAAAAAAUAAACAACAACAACAAACAAACAAAAAAGAAUAAUAAUCUGCCAAAGUCUCUAUGUUAAUAUACUAUGAUACGAAGCCCGGUCUUUCCUG